GCGCCGUCACAUCUGGGGACUGUCAGAGAGCCCUCGAAAGGGUUUUACCCAGAUCCGCCAUGAGCAAGCGGAACCAGGUGUCGUACGUGAGGCCCGCCGAACCCGCCUUCCUGUCCCGCUUUAAGGAGCGAGUCGGGUACAGGGAAGGGCCCACCAUAGAGAGCAAGAGAAUCCAGCCUCAGCUCCCAGAUGAAGAUGCUGAUCACAGUGACCAAGAAGAUGAACGGCCCCAAGUGGUGGUUUUAAAAAAGGGAGACUUGACAGCUGAAGAAGUCAUGAAAAUUAAAGCAGAAAUAAAGGCUGCAAAAACAGAUAUAUCUGAAAAUGAAGAACCAGCUCCAGCUGAUGGAAGAAUCAUGUAUCGAAAACCAGUCAAGCGUCCCUCAGAUGAAAAAUAUUCAGGUUUAACAGCAAGCUCAAAAAAGAAGAUAACAAGUGAAGACAAAAUAAAUAAGCAGGACUUAGUUAAGAAGAACUCACAAAAACAAAUAAAAAACACCAGCCUCCUUUCUUUUGACAAUGAAGAGGAAAACGAAUAAAGAAUCACCUCACAAGGCAUAAUCCCAGUGACUCGGGAGGCUGAGGGAGAAGGAUCACAAGUUCCAGGCCAGCCUCAGCAACUUAAGGAGAC